AAUUCAAUUAUUCUCGCGUUUUUGUGGUGAAAACAUGUAGAAAUUUUUGUGUCGGGUUUUUAAUGUUGUAAUGAACAUUUUUUGCGGCCUUGUUAAUUAAUAAAUAUCAGUGAACAAUAAAUAAGUCGAAUAAAACAAAACUCUGUGUUUAAAGUAUAAUAUGACAAUUUAUAUCUGUACAUAAAAGGUAUUUUCAAAAUAUACAUAUUCCGUCGUCGCAUCGGGUAGAACGAGUAGCGAUUUGCGUACUUUUUCUUUAUUGACGAGCCAAAUGUAUUGGUCAGAGUGAAAUAGCAGAUACAUUUGCUGAAGGACGUUCCGCAUUUUUUAUUUAUUCGGUGUUUUCAAGCGCUGGCGCUUGAAUGUUUCCUACAACAGUAGAUAUUUCGUGGUUUUAACAGAUAGUUUUAGCAAAAUAUUUGCAAGAUACAAUUUGCGCACAUUUGUUUCGCUCGGUUACCUAUUUUGUUAACGACUUAAGCACAUUAUUAUAUACUUGUGUUCUUUUGGAAUAGUUAAUGUGUACAAAGUAGUUCUAAUAAUAUAUUAGAAGAAUACUAAAAUCUUUAUAUUGUACUGUUCGAUAUUACACAUUUUUGCCGCGCUUUUUUGCAAGUGGUGUUUCUAUUUAUGAAAAAUACGGUGCGGAAGCAUUAAAAUUCGUUAAACUGGAUAACAACAUGGGAAGUUCGGAUGACCGCGUUUACGCGGCGGAGCGGAUAAUACAAAAACGCGUUAGAAAGGGUGUUUUGGAAUACCGCGUAAAAUGGAAAGGUUGGAAUCAGCGAUAUAAUACUUGGGAACCAGAGGUUAAUAUACUUGAUCGUCGGCUUAUUGAAAUAUACGAACAAAGUAACCGUUCGUCUAAUACACCAUCAAAACGAGGAGGAAAGCGUAAGGAAAAAACGCAUGAUCCUGAACCAGAAUCCGAGGAGGAUGAGUAUACCUUCACUGGCGAUGAUGUAGAUAUAAAUCAAGCAUCUACUUCAUCCGCUGCAUUAUCCAAUAACAAUCAUCAUCAUCACCACCACCACCAUGAUAAAGAAAAGGAUAAAGAUAAGAAACGUGAGCACUCCCAUCACCAUCAUCAUCGCUCGCAUUCGCCACAUACAGAUGGGCAGCGUGAUACUAACAGUGGUAAUAAGCGCCACACUUAUACCUCGACGUCAGCAUCAGUGUCGGCUGCUGUUGUUGCAGCAGCUGUUGCUUCUAAUUCCGCUUUAAAUUUCAUUCCCGAGGCUGAUUCUAAUUCAUCCAGUUCUGAAGAUCAACCCUUAAGUCGUAAGGAGGUCACUUCUAUGGGUACUAAACGUAAAGCUGAGGUACUAAAGGAAUCCGGUAAAAUAGGUGUCACUAUAAAAACCUCACCGGAUGGACCACCGCCACCUAAACAACAUUGCGGUAGUACCAGUUUAGACGCAGCUACAUCAAUAUCAACGCCGCUUAAGUCUGAAACUGAACCGUUAUCACCAGAAACACCAGCAUCACGACCAGAACAAGCAACACCCGCAGAAAAGAACGCAGCUUUGCAUCAGCAUUAUAAUGCCACAGCAGCUUCGAAUGCAGACGAUGAUGAUUCAUCAUCACAAGCAGAUAGUCAAACGGAUAACAAUCAUACGGCAUCACAUAACAAGGGAACGGGCGAUGAUGGCCCUGCCUCACCCAAGCGUAACGGACAUGUUACUGAACAACAACAGCGACAAAGUGCUUUGGCGCCCCUUUCGCCGAAGGCAUUGCCACCACGUUUCUGGUUGCCAAAUAAAUGUAAUAUCUCCGAUAAAGUGGUGAUCACAGAUGUUACCGUAAAUUUAGAGACUGUCACCAUAAGAGAAUGCAAAACAGAACGCGGUUUCUUUAGAGAGCGUGAACUAAAGUCUAGUGGCAUGAAAACAGAAUCGGAUUCUGCUGCAUAAAAGUGCGUCGCAAAAUUGACAAAUUAAAAAAAAGCAAAACAAGGAAAAAAAUUGUAAAUAUGUUGAAUUAUAUAAGUUUUUGUUUUUUUUUUCUUUGAGUGAGAGUGAAUUUGUGUACUGCGUUUGGUUUAAAUAACCUACAAAUAUUUAUAUUUAUUAAGAAAACUACUUCUUCAUAGUAUGUAUUAUUUACAUAACAAAUAAGUUAAUAUUAUAUCGUUAGUAUUAAUCGCUCAUUAUUAUUUUUUGUAUUUUAUCAAAAGCUUUAUUGUAAAUAAUGUAAUAUAGUUUUAGUUUUUGACAGAAUUGUCUUAAGCACACAUUUAUUAUUGUAAUCCAAACCGUAUGAGCCAUAACCAAUUGAAAAGUGAAAGAAAUAUUGCAGUGCAGUUACUUAAAUAUCGAGGCAUAUAAGAAAGUAGCAGAUAAAUAAAGUCGAAACGUAAAAAAAUAUUUGCGUGAGUUUGACCUAUAAUUACGGAAGUGUGAAGCAUAUGGAUUACUAUAAAAUAUAGUUUAUUUUUAUCAUUUAAUGUCAGUUAAGGCGACAUAAGGUACAUUCCUCAGUUGUUAUAGUUGUAUCAGUUUUUGUUAACAUUUUGCAGAAUUUGAUAUUCUGCAUUUUUCAUAUAAAGAUGCUUAAAGUAGAAAUAGAACAGCAAUUAAAAGUACUUAUAAUUUUAGAUGAAACAGUCAAUGUCUUACAAGCAGUAAUAAAACCUAAUCAAACGUAAUACGAGAGCAUUAAAAAGCAUAAGAAAAGUUUAAAAAACUUGAAGCUCAAAAGAAAUGAACGAGAAAGUCCAAUCGUUAAACGUAAAGCGGUUAUUUUGGACAGUGUCUAUGUAUUUAGAAGCAUUAAAUACAAUAAGGCUUUUCUUUCGAAGAAUUUGUAAUUUUGUCAGCUAAACUUGCAUAUAUUGACUAUAUUUGCAUUAUGCUUAAAGAGUUCACGCCUUUAAGAGCUAAAAGCCUAUUUACAUAUGCAUCUGCUUGUCUACUUUUUUUACUUCAACUAAUAUCAGAUAAAUUUAUGGCGGGCAGAGAGCUUGAAAAGUGCAUUAAUUUUGUUGUUUUGCUUAGCGGCGAAUACAAAUUACGUUUUAUUUCUACGCUGCGGUUGCAAAUAGUAUUUGCAUAUCAUCCAACAAUUUUGUAUAAGACAGACAGAAAAUGCUUGUAGUUAGUUCUUUUUGAACUGCGUACAAAUUUAUGCAUCACAACUUUUAAGAAAAUAAUAUAACCAAAAUAAAUGCUUAAAAUAAAA